CUGCACAACUGCCCUGUCCAACCAACAGAGGACACUCUGUCCUAUUACAUGGUCUGGCUAUCCCACUACAUCGAACCCCGUUCAGUUGAUUCCUAUCUGUCUGGCAUUGUCAAUUGUCUUGAAUCUCAUUUUACUGAAGUGCGAGAAGCACGAACUUCUUUACUCAUCACGCGCACACUCAAAGGAUGCAAAUGCCGCUUGUCCAAACCUGUCCAGCACAAACAACCACUUAGUCUCGAAGAUCUCUCCCUGGUGGCUGAUGCUUUCGCCUCCUCUGUCAAGUACGAUGACAUCCUGUUCCUUACCCUACUCGUUACCGGGUUUAAAACCUUGCAACAGUUAGCCAAGUUGUGCUGGCCCAAUGCCACAAAACACCAAUCCUAUCUAAAAGUGCCUCUGCGGCACUCUCUAACACUCACCAACGGCUCAGCGAGCUACACUCUCCCGCAUCACAAAAGCAGUAGUUUGGGUGUUGGCUGUGAGAUCUUGCUGUUGGGCGAACCUCGUGCACAAGUGGACCCUUUGAACCUUUUCCAUCGGUACAUUUCUGCUCACGACGACAAACUUCUGCACCAUCCCCAGCUCUGGCUCACUGGAGCUGGAACUAUUCCCACACGUGCGUGGUUCAUGCACUAUCUAUGGCGGUUCUUCCUGCCAUGUAUUUCUGGACAUUCAAUGCGAGCUGGAGGAGCAACUGCUCUUGCCACGAACGGUGUUGCCCCUGCGCUGAUUCAGGCAGCGGGACGCUGGUCUUCAGAUGAAUUCCAGAAAUACAUUCGCAAGCACCCAUUUCUGCUUCAUCAACUUAUUCAUGGUUCACACUUCCGUAACUCAUUGAGAUUGACAGCUCAGAUUCACUGCGUUUCACUCACAAAGUCUCUCAAACACCCAUUCAUGUCUCCAUCCCCCUGA